AUGGUGAAGCAGCAGGAGAAGCGCAAGCAGCGUGCUACAAGGGCCGGGAAAGCCAAGAAGCCGCGUGGCACUGGCACCGCCGUCCCCGGCGUGGUGCCGCUCCACCGCGGAGCCAGCAAUAAUAUGGCGACGCCGGCGUUCCCGUUCCCCAUGGCCGGCGUCAACGGCGGCGCACCACUCUGGAGUACUGCAGCCACGCUGGGCGCGGCGAGCAGAGCAGCGGCGUUAACGUUAUCGUCACUGCCAGCAACGGCCAGCGCCAAUAAUGGUCCCGCCGCCGCACCCUUUGUGAUCGCGCCCACACCCGGCCUGCAGCCGCCGGCGGGCGCAGCCGCAAUCAACGCCGCCGCCGCUUUAGCACUGCCGGCGGCCAGCGCUGCCACUGGCGUCAGUCCGCCCCUGGUGUUGGUGCAAGCAGGAGCAGGAGGCCAGCUCGUGCCGUUGCCGCUCCAAUUCGUCGGCUACCACCCGACGUGCCGCGCCAGCGCCGUUGGCCUGGCGGCGCCGGCCGUCGGGAUCCCGCUGGCUGCAGCCCUGGACAAGAUCGAGAACGGCGCCCUGGGGCGGAUGCUCUCGGCGCUGAUGCCGGUGUGCAACCCGCCGCUGCGGCAGCACCAGAGCAAGAGCGGCCCCCCGCCGCCGUGGUGGCCGACGGGGUCCAAGGACUGGUGGGCCACGGAGCUGCUCGCCCACCUGCACACGGUGGCGGCGCUGAUGGGCGCGCCGGCGCCGGUGCCGUUCGCGCCGAGCUACAGCCUCAAGAAGGCGCAGAAGGUGGCGGUGCUGGUCGCCAUCGUGAAGCACCUCGCGCCGGACUUCGCCCGCGUCACCGCCGCGGUGCGGCACUCCGGGAAGCUGUCCGUCUCCGAGACCGACAUGUGGCACAGCGCCCUCAACAACGAGCGCGCCAAGUGCAUGCGGCCUAUGUUCAUCGUGCUGCCGCAGCAGCAAGGUGGCGUUGGCGGCGGCAGCGCCAGCACCGACCCGAGCGCUGCUGGGAGCGUCCUCGUGCACAGCGGCAACGCGGCCUCUGAUGGCUGCGAGCUGCAGCCGAGCUGGUGGUGGAGAAAGAGCAGCGCAGCGACAGCGGGCGUCGGCGUCGGCGUCGUUUCUGCUACUGAUGCUCCGGCUGGUGGUGAUGGCAGUGAUCAGCCUGUCAACUUCCCUGCAGGCGGCGACGGCAGCACGCACAAGCAGGGUGCCGCUGCCUCGGUUGCCGCCGCACCCACUACUGGCCAUGUCCGUCAGGUAGCAGGAGGGCCGGAGAUGACGAUGCAGCCGCCUGAACAUGACGGUGGCGUUCCAGGCGAAGACGUGGCCGCCGCAGCCGAGGACGAACAAGUCCAUCCGGUGGUUGCCCCCAAUGCAGAUGCAGUGGCGGCAAUCGAGGAAGCACCGGAAGAUCGUCACUGGUGGUGCAACAGCGAGGAACUAAACCGCAUGUUCGCCGAAUUCGAAUCGUUUGGUGAUGACGUUUGGUACUAG